GGUGACUUUCAUCACGGUAUUCGUAAACAACUUCAAGGUUAUCGGUUGGCAUGUGCGCGAUGCGGACUGGCUGGGAGCCGUAGCGCAGUGGGUGAUGCGCUGACAUGUCGGCGUCGCCGGCGGGCGGCGCGGGCGCGGCCGGCGCCGGCCAGGUAGUGCGCGCGGCGCAUCUGCGCAAGCUCAAGACCAUGAAGAAGAAAUUCUUCGUGCUGCGCGCAGAGACACCAGAAUGCUCCGCGCGCCUCGAGUACUACGAGUCCGAGAAGAAGUUUCGGUUUGGUGGCACCCCACGGCGUGUCAUACCUCUCAAAAGUUGUUACAACAUCACUCGGAGACUGGAUUUGAAGCAAAAGCAUGUUAUAGCACUGUUCACGCGAGAGGAGCAGUUCUGCAUUGUAGCGGAGAAUGAGAUAGAUCUACACGAGUGGCUGACUGCAAUCUUACAACAGCAUCGCAACGAUGAUGCUAGUGAGGAGUUGCUGCACCCCAUACAGCAUGUGUGGCAAGUGAACGUGCAGAAGAAGGGACUGGGCGCUUCGAAAAACAUCCAAGGGCUGUACAACCUCUGCCUAACAGACAAGACACUUACCUUGGUCAAGAUAAAGAGCCACAACAACGUUAUUAGUGAUUUGGGCAUCCCUGAACGCGUGGAGUAUUCUCUCAAGAAUAUUCGCAGAUGUGGCGAUUCAGAAUGUUUCUUCUACAUGGAAGUUGGCCGUUCGACAGCUACGGGCGCUGGCGAGCUGUGGAUGCACACAGACGACUCCAACAUAGCGCAAUCCAUGCACUCUACCAUCUGCCAUGCAAUGCGCAACUGCGCUAAAGAGACUGAGAACGAACGAGACCACAUCAUCGUCCCGAAGACAUCAGAGACCAUCCUACCUGCGCGCAGGCAGACUUACUCCGACGGGAGGGGGAGGGCUGGAUUAUCCAACGAGAAGGGCCUGUGCGUUGGCUCGUGCAUUAGGCAAUGCGUGUGCGCAACCACUUACUCCGUGGACGACUCGGCCGCGGCCAUCGCACCACUCGCCCUUAACGGUAGGAUCAUACUAACACGCUGA